CUUCCGGCUUAAGAGCUCUCUCUGCUCCGCCACCUCCCUCUCCAAGACUCCAACCUCUCCUCAGUAGAAAUCUCAAGCUACAGCAGAAAUUCUUGAAAGGCAUCUUCUUCGAAUUCAUUCUGGUUUAGCACCAACCAAAGCAUUCUUCAAAAAUGGAUGAGCUCGAUAAGCCAUUGCUUGGCCCCGAAGACUUCGGACGCGAUUCCAUAGAUCUGGAACACAUGCCCUUGGAGGGUGUCUUUGAGCAACUAAGGACAUCUGGAACUGGACUUUCUUCAACAGAUGCCGAAGCAAGACUGCAGCUUUUUGGACUAAACAAGUUAGAGGAGAAGCCUGAAAACAAGUUUUUGAAGUUCCUUAGUUUCAUGUGGAACCCCUUGUCUUGGGUCAUGGAAGCUGCUGCAGUGAUGGCAAUUGCGAUGGCUAAUGGUGGAGGCCAGGGUCCCGAUUGGCAAGACUUUGUUGGAAUCAUCUGCCUUCUGAUUCUGAAUUCGACUAUUAGUUUCAUUGAGGAAAAUAAUGCUGGAGAUGCUGCGGCUGCGCUCAUGGCUCGCUUGGCUCCAAAGUGUAAGGUACUCAGAGAUGCUCAAUGGCAAGAGAAGGAUGCUGCUAUUCUCGUGCCAGGAGAUAUCAUCAGCAUCAAACUUGGCGACAUUAUCCCUGCAGACGCCCGAUUGCUUGAGGGAGAUCCUUUGAAAGUCGAUCAGUCAGCUCUUACUGGUGAAUCUUUACCUGUCACAAAGAUAAGAGGCGAUCUUGUAUUCUCUGGUUCAAUCUGUAAGCAAGGAGAGAUUGAAGCUGUUGUGAUUGCAACCGGCAUUCACUCUUUCUUUGGAAAAGCUGCCCUUUUGGUAGACUCUACAGAAGUAGUUGGGCACUUUCAGAAGGUUCUUACUUCAAUUGGGAACUUCUGUAUAUGCUCAAUAGCUGUUGGAAUCAUUCUUGAAAUAAUAGUUAUGUUUCCGGUCCAACAUCGCUCGUAUCGAAAUGGAAUCAAUAACCUUCUUGUUCUCUUAAUUGGGGGGAUUCCAAUAGCCAUGCCAACUGUGCUAUCAGUAACACUUGCGAUUGGGUCUCACCGCCUUUCGCAACAGGGUGCAAUUACUAAGAGGAUGACUGCAAUUGAAGAAUUAGCAGGAAUGGAUGUUCUCUGCAGUGACAAAACUGGUACACUUACACUGAACCGACUCACUGUUGAUCGGAAUCUUGUUGAGGUUUUCAGUGAUGACAUGGACAAGGACAUGGUUAUAUUGCUUGCAGCAAGAGCCUCAAGGCUUGAGAACCAGGACGCCAUCGAUACUGCCAUCGUUAACAUGCUUGCUGAUCCUAAAGAGGCACGCGCAAACAUAACCGAAGUGCAUUUCUUUCCCUUCAACCCUGUCGACAAAAGGACAGCUAUAACUUACAUUGAUGUCGAUGGAAAUUGGUAUCGAGCUAGCAAAGGAGCUCCAGAGCAGAUCCUAAAUCUAUGCCUCAAUAAAGAGAAAGUAGCUGGAAAAGUUCAUGCAAUCAUUGAUAAAUUUGCUGAAAGGGGUCUUCGCUCACUCGGGGUAGCUUUUCAGGCUGUUCCUGAGAAGACAAAAGAGAGCGCAGGGGGUCCAUGGGUCUUCUGUGGCUUAUUGCCAUUGUUUGAUCCACCUAGGCAUGACAGUGCCGAGACCAUUCGGAGGGCGCUAAAUCUCGGUGUUUGCUUGAAGAUGAUUACUGGUGAUCAACUAGCCAUUGCUAAAGAAACCGGGCGACGACUAGGAAUGGGAACCAACAUGUACCCUUCUUCGUCAUUGUUUGGUCGUGAUAAGGAUGAAAACGAUGCUCUUCCUGUUGAUGAACUCAUUGAAAAAGCAGAUGGAUUUGCCGGUGUUUUUCCCGAACAUAAGUAUGAGAUUGUGAGGAUUCUCCAACAAAAGAAGCAUGUGUGUGGAAUGACAGGCGAUGGCGUAAAUGAUGCGCCUGCGUUGAAGAAAGCAGACAUAGGAAUAGCAGUAUCUGAUUCUACAGAUGCUGCAAGGAACGCCGCCGAUAUUGUCCUCACAGAACCUGGAUUGAGUGUCAUUAUAAGUGCUGUCUUGACCAGCAGAGCUAUCUUCCAGAGAAUGAAGAACUAUACAAUUUAUGCUGUAUCGAUAACAAUCCGUAUAGUGCUUGGAUUCAUGCUACUUGCUUUGAUAUGGGAAUAUGACUUCCCCCCUUUCAUGGUUUUGAUCAUAGCCAUUCUGAAUGAUGGGACCAUUAUGACUAUAUCGAAGGAUCGCGUGAAGCCAUCAAAGCACCCGGAUAGUUGGAAGCUCCAAGAGAUAUUUACUACAGGCAUUGUCAUAGGCACAUACCUAGCAUUAGUUACUGUUCUUUUCUAUUGGACUAUCAUAGAGACUAGUUUCUUCGAGACUCAUUUCAAAGUUAGAACUCUAAGUGGGAACACCGAAGAAGUGUCUUCUGCUAUAUAUCUACAAGUUAGCAUCAUUAGUCAAGCUCUUAUAUUCGUCACACGCAGUCAAGGAUGGUCGUUUUUGGAGCGACCGGGCACACUUCUGAUGUGUGCAUUUGUUGUAGCUCAAUUGGUUGCCACCUUGAUUGCAGUUUAUGCUCAUAUAAGUUUUGCAUACAUAAGAGGCAUAGGCUGGGGCUGGGCUGGUGUGAUAUGGAUUUACAGUUUGGUUUUCUACAUUCCUCUCGAUAUAAUCAAGUUCGCCGUUCGAUAUGCUCUUAGCGGAGAAGCAUGGAAUCUGCUUUUUGAUAGAAAGACUGCUUUUACUAGUAGAAAGAGCUUUGGGAAGGAAGAUAGAGAGGCUCAAUGGGUGAUCUCCCAGCAAUCUUUGCAAGGGCUUCUACCUUCUGAUAUCGUGAAAGUUGGACGACGACCGUCUUUGAUCGCUGAACAGGCAAAGAGGCGUGCCGAAAUAGCAAGGUUGGAAGAGAUGCACACACUAAGAGGGCAUGUUGAAUCUGUUGUUAGAUUGAAGAAAUUAGAUAUCAAUGUCAUUCAAGGAAGCCAUACGGUGUGAUACCGAUGAUAACAAGCAAUCCACAACAUGUUGGUUCGAUUUUAGAUUAUGAAAAAUAUAUAGAUUUGUGUUGUAAUUAGGAUGAUUGAGUUGAGGUGAUUGGUUUUUCGAGAAGUUGUGGUCAUUCAUUUGAAUGGUUAGCAAACAAAUUAUAUUUGCACUAUGAAGAAUGAACUUGAAGUUUUAAUAUAUUGAUUUUCUUCAUUCCAUUAAA